AAUAAAUUUAAAUAUACAAAAAAAAAAUAACAACUGAUUGUUACAAUAUUAUGAGCAAAAGAUCGCUUAAAAAGCAAGAUGGAAAUUCAAAUGUCGAAGAUUCCGCAGAGGAGGAGGAGGAUGAGCAGGCUAUGCAGGCGGCCAUGCAGGCAAUGGUUAGGAUGGCAGAAAUGGAUGAUGUGCCGAGAAGAAAAACACUUCGCUCCGAGGCUAAGACCGCAGCUAAGGAAGUAGAAAUAAGCAAAAAUCAAGUUUCACAAGGUACACAGUCAAUUAAAUAUCCGAAAAAGACCAAAGUUUCCAAACCCGAGACUUCUAUUUUAAUGAAGGGAUUUUCUGGAUUAGGAAGCCAAACUACAGCAGAGGUCCCUCCACAGAAAGGCAACCAAAGUAAGUCGACUUCCCCAGAGCAAGACAAGCUCUCUAAAAAAGAUUUACCAAAUAAGGAUGUCGAAGAAAACAGGCAAGUCUUUAAAUCUAAAACAGUAAAAGAGAAGCAAUCACCGCCAGGAUCCUCCGGGGAGGCUCUUCUUCACACCGAACGUUAUGUCUCGGAUCCUAAUUCAUCCUCUGAAUCCAAAAUUGAGCCAAUUCAAGUUCAGGAUAGCAAAUUAGGUAAUGAGCAACUUUCAGAGCAGUUUUUGCAAAAAUUAGAAAAGAUUGAAGAAGCCUCCAAGCCAAAGUCUUGGGUGAGACCAAAGCCGAUAGUUAUAAGAUCAAAUCUGAUACCUUCUACGGCUAACAACAAUGAGAGUAAAAUGGAGCCAAAGCCACAUGAAGGUACUGAAAAGAAGCGUGGCAAUAUUAAUAUUUUGAAGGCUCCACUUCAACGUAGUCUGAAUUAUGCCACAGAAAAAUAUGAAGGAAAACUUGCAGAGAAUCCAAAAGAAAAUAAAGCAGAGAAUCCAAAAGAAAAUAAAGGAGAGGAUCCAAAAGCAGCAGAGAAUCCAAAAACAAGUACAGGAGAAAGAGAGUAUACUGCAGGAAAUCCUAGAGAUAACAUUACAGAAAGUCCCAGAGAAAUUACAGCUGAACGUUCAGAUAAACCUGAAGGCAAUACUGCAAAGCCCCCCACUGCGGCUGCGUCUUCGGAAAAUCUGUUGGAAAAACCACUGGAGCACCACGAAUCACAAAAAACGUUAACGAUCACGGGACAUAGGCAUAUCACCACGAAAUUGGGCGAUCACUGUCAUUUCGAGGAUCGCCAAGAAGGCGUAGAUAAGGGAGCCAGAAGGAAUCUAAUAAUCGCCUGUAUUCUGUGCUUCACCUUCAUGAUGGUCGAGAUUGCCGGUGGAUACAUUUCCAAUAGUCUGGCCAUCGCCACGGAUGCAGCUCAUUUGCUGACGGAUCUGGCCGCGUUUCUGAUCUCCCUGUUCGCUUUAUACCUAUCUGGCAGACCUUCGUCGCAGCGUCUGAACUUUGGAUGGUAUAGAGCAGAGGUGAUUGGGGCCAUGAUAUCCGUGUACCUUAUCUGGGUAAUAACAGGCAUCCUUGUAUAUAUGGCCGUUCAGCGGCUAAUAAAAAAGGAUCACGACCUUGAUGCAAAGAUAAUGCUGAUCACCUCGGCACUGGCGAUACUCUUUAAUAUUAUAAUGGCCUGUCAGUUGCACCACGGACACUCGCACUUUCAGCCCAGCCGUACGAAGAUCAUGGGAUCUCAUCAUGGCAGCGGGAGUGGGAGCUUGACCUUGUCCACUCAUUUCCCCGUGAGGUCUGAGCAAAAUAUCAAUGUACGGGCAGCCCUGGUCCAUGUGAUUGGGGAUCUCGUCCAGAGUGUUGGGGUCUUUGUGGCCGCCUUGAUUAUAUUCUUUAAACCCGAGUGGUCCUUCAUGGAUUCCAUUUGUACCUUUCUCUUCUCGAUUCUGGUGUUAGCGGUCACAAUUAAAAUAUUAAAGGACGUUCUCAUGGUCCUGAUGGAGGCCACGCCGAAGUACAUGGACUACGAUGAGGUGAAGCGGGCAUUCCUCUCCAUUGAUGGUGUGAUGCAUGUCCACAACUUGAGGAUUUGGGCUCUGUCCAUCAACAAGGUGGCCUUGUCCGCCCAUCUGGCCAUUGCCCAGAAUGCUGAUCCCCUGCGUAUCCUCGAAGAGGCCGCCUCACUAAUUCACAGGAAGCACAACAUUUUCGAGACCACGAUCCAAAUCGAAGAGUACUCUUCUGGCAUGUUGGAUUGCAAUCAGUGUGCGGAUCCCUUGAAAAAAAAGCGAACUUCAAAUCCCGUCGACACGGAAGAGGGUCCUGCGGUAGAAAUUCUGAAAAAAACGGAGGAGAAAACCAAGGAUCCAGAAAAGGGUUGAACUUAACUGGAACUAUCAUUAUCAUACAGCAUAAAGUCAUUUUUAAUGUAAGCGGGGAGUGUCUUGUAAAUAUUA